AUGUGUUUUAAACCGUCCACCGUAGGCUCUGUCGCCUCUAGAACUGUUCUGAGUGAACGCAGAGUGCAAGAUGAGGUUGAAAUCGCGCGUGAAAUAUUUCAAACCACACGCGUCGUCACCAUCUCAGUUGCAACCAAGCCCCACCCAAUGACAUCAAUCUCAGUAUACAGCAAGCUCCAGCCUGAUAAGUCCCACAUUUACAAACUCAUCCAGCUCCCCAAUGACCUACUUGAGAAACUACCCACUUCACUCCAGUUGAAAUCGAAUUUCAACGGCGAUGGAUUAGUGUUGUGCACCCAAGACGAGACGUUCCGCGUGAGGCAGAACAACCACUCCAACACCGUCUUGCUCAUGCGCGAGCUAAAUACAUGCGAUCAUGGAGUUAGAGAUGGAGAUGGACAGGUGGAAGGUGAUGCCAUGGUUGGGUUUGCGCUGUGUCAUUACGAAUACGAAGUCACGCCCACUGUACCCAGCAUCGACCUAGCUUCGCGUGUGCCCCUACUCCACCACCGUGAUGUCAUCGCGGGCAAAUACGCGGGUGAUGAAAAGCACGGUAGUGUGAGCAAGAUGGAGUUGAUGCGGUCGAGCUGUUCUUCCAGUGGGCAGUUUGAAAUGUUGUGGACUGAGUUGGCGCUAUGUCUGAUUGACUCCCAUGUGUUUCAAAUGGCGCGGGACUUGCGCGUGGCGGUAUUGCACGAUCUCAUCACUUACAAAUUAUCUUACCCUGAUGUGAAGUUAGAGGAUGCGAAGUUGGAGUGGGGUGGGGAUAUGGUGAAGACGGUGCUUGACAAAUACACCACGAGGACGCGCGAGGGCGACCGCGUGUUGAAUGACCAUUUGAUCGUGGUGGAGUUUGGCGUGGUGGCGUUGAGCCAGGCGCACACGCAUAAGACGGGCGACUUGAUGAUCAAUUGGAAGUUGAGCUUGCCGCAAUUUUACUCCCCCAGCUUGGAUUUGAAAAUGUUGCGUGGUCAUUACGUUACGUCACUGAAUGGAGGCGGUGAUGAGUAUGUUACCUAUGUUGAUCCGGAGUCGUUGAGCCGCGAUGUGGGUGUCAGGAUCAAGCAGCUUCUCGCUGUGCAGGCUAGUUGGCCCUAUGAUGAGUUUGUCAGUUUCUUGGAGGGCGUUGUGCCUGGUGGCCGCAAGGUUGAUGCGGUGGUCAUCAAGUUUGCCCGGAAGAAGAAAGUUGGCCGCGAUAAGUUUGUCGUUGUUCCAAGGUGA